AUGAGUUUACACGACUUCGCUGUUGUAAUUAUCGUCAGCAUAUUAUUCGGAGUUGCAGACAGGGGACAGGCUGAAGAACAGAACGAUUUUUCAACACCGGUCGAAUGUGGACGGCGCCAUAUAAGGAAUACUGUUUCCGAAAGAAUCAUGAACGGCACCGACGCAAAACCGGGCAACUGGCCGUGGAUGGUGGGGCUGUAUACUCGCAACGAUACCUUUCAUUGCGGCGGCGUUUUAAUAAGCGAGCAAUUUGUGCUGACCGCUGCGCAUUGUUUUCACAACAAGAACGCCAGCUUUCUGUCUGCGCGUCUCGGAAGCACAAACAAAACAAGGGCCACAGAUUGUUCUGAUGAAACAACUCGACGUGACGCCGCAGAACGGAGUGACACAACAGAGAGCGACGCGACGCAGAACGUCAAGGUCACUUGCGUUGAUGUUGAGGAGGUCUGCAUCCCUGUUCAGGACGACUGUAACUUUUUUAUGAAAGACAUUGCGAUAUUGAGAUUAAAAAGACCUGUAAACUUGACAGAUUUCAUUCGGCCAAUCUGCCUUCCGCAAAACUGCGUCGAACCGCGUUUAGACGUACGCACCUAUAUUGCAGGCUGGGGCAAAAUCGAAGUGGUUGAAGACUCGUACGAUUAUGACUACGAAGGCUAUGAAGACUCCGAAGAAGGAGGAGAUGACGAAAUUUCAGCGGAAGAAGAAAUAAGCGAAAGGGCACCUUCAGGACCAGCAGUAAUGGUAAAAGAUGCCCAAACACACACGCUGAAAGAAAGAGAGAUUUACCUUAUUACUAAGGAGGAAUGCGAACACCAACUUAACAGAACUGUACCGGACUAUACCGUAUGCUCCACUGGAGGAACAUGUCGA